CACAAACAUCAGAAGCAGUCUUGGUAUAUGUAUUUUAGGUCAGAGGACUCUCAAAAUGUAAGGUGUAAGGACCCACGUUAUGGCGACACAAGAUCCAGAUGCAUUAAGAUGGACACAGCAAACGGUUGAUAGUGUGCGUCAAGGUGGAUAACGGAGAAAUCGGGAAACGAAAAACAAUCCAGCAAUUGUGGAGGCGGCUUUAUUCCCUGGGAUUACCGGGGAGAUUAACAGUGGCACAGGGUUUAGAUAUAUGGUCAAACGAGGGAAGACGUCUGAAAGAAGGAGUGACACGAUAUGGCUAUGUACGCUUAAGGCAAUGAAAUAAUUCGCAGGCAGUGGGUAUAUUCCAUAAUCUCCCCACCAUCCUCCAUGGCGCUUAGAGUAUCAGAUCUCACAGAGCCGCUGAAAAGGCUAAAAAGUCAGAGGCUGUAGAGCAAUUUGAUCCCUCGAUUUGCGAUGUCAGCUUUCGGCAUCAGUCUACAAUCCGUUUCGUCCGUUGCGGCCGAGAUUUCAGCACCAUCUGAGUUGGACAGCGCCUGCGCGGACUGCGACUCGCAAACUCCUCGAGCCUCACGAGAAGACUUCACUCAUCUGCAUCAGUCACUCCUUCACAACGGCCCCGGAGGCCUCGGCACGGUCCUGGAGGAAGAACUGGCCAUGCUUACACGGGAACGAGAAGAAGAUUUGGUCAUAAACGAACAGGAUGCAGAUAUUUUAGCACUCUUCCGGCAGAAAGAGAAGGACUUGGUUCUGGCUGCAAAACUCGGGAAAGCGCUGCUCGAGAGAAACCAGGACCUCACGGUGCAAUAUGAAAAAAUGACCAAGGACCUGAACGAGAAGCUAGAGAAUCUGGAGCAGGAGAAGCAUGAGCUGCGGCGACGCUUGGAGAGACGAGAAGGCGAGUGGGAGGGUCGUGUGGCUGAGCUGGAGACUGAUGUGCAGCAGCUCAAGGGUGAGCUGGAGAAGCACAAGGUACAGCUGCGUGAGGCUGAUCGGGACAAGACCCGCACCAUCACCGAACUCUCAGAACAAAACCACAGUUUGCUCGAGCAGCUCAGCAGAGCUGCUGAUGUGGAGAGACGGCUGUGCACUCAGGUACAUUCAUUGAGGGAUGAUUUCAGAGAGAAGGACAUCUCCAAAAAACAGCACAUGACACAACUAGAGAGCCUACAAGUAGAGCAAGGGCUAGAAAUAAAGAUGCUGUCUGAGCGAAAGCAGGAACUUGAGCGAUGUUUAACCAAAUUGCAUGAGGAGAAUGAGCAGCUGCAGAGCACUGUGGACAACUUGAAAGAGCGAACAUUUGUUUUGGAGAAGCUAUGCCACGAGAAGGACUUGCAGCUGCGGCAGAAUCAACUGGAGCUGCAGGAGGUGCGUGUGUCUCAUCGGCAGUUAAGUGCCCAUUUGGCGGAGAUGACUGAGGAGAGAAGUCUUCACAGCUUCAGCUCUAACAGUCACUCACUGCUGAGUGAGAUAGAGCAGAGCAUGGAGCAGGAGGAGCUCGAGCAGGAGAGGGAGCAGUUGCGUCUGCAGCUAUGGGAAGCUUACUGCCAGAUUCGCUCUAUCUGCUCCCAGCUGAGAGGAAAUGACAUCACAGACUCUGCCCUGUCCACGGACUCAUCCAUGGAUGAGUCAUCAGAAACAUCAUCAGCUAAAGACGUGCCUAUGGGCAGCCUGCAGUCCAGUCUACUUGAGCUUCGCAGACUCACACAAAACGUGCUGGAUGGCAACGAGUCUACAGGAUCACGCCGCACUGAUGAGGAUGUGCUGGAAGAGCAGGUGCGGAAACUUGUUGAGGAACUGCGAGAAGCACGAGAGCUUUACGAAAAGGAGCAGGAAAGGGUACGGAGCACUCAGGAAGACAUGCUGCAACUACAUAAUCAGAUUGCACUUCUCUCCUUAGAAGUGUGCUCAACACGGGAGGAGAACGAGAGGCUAAGAGUGUCAGAGGUUCGAGAGCCAAGUGAACAACUACAAAAUGCCAUCCGAGACCGAGAUGAUGCCAUUGCCAAAAAGAAAGCAGUGGAGAUGGAGUUGGCGAAGUGUAAGGUAGACAUUAUGUCUCUGAACAGCCAGCUUCUUGAUGCUAUCCAGCAGAAGUUUAAUCUGUCCCAGCAGUUAGAAGCCUGGCAGUUUGCCUCCUCAGGGCUGUUCACUGUGUGGCUCUUGUGGUUUCUUAUCUAGUGGCCUUUCUCAGCUUCCUUACAAACUCCCUCUUCCUCUGUGGCAGACCCUUCCUGCCUUAGAGGAUGAUAUUCUCAGAGUGAUAGAUCAGCAGUUGAUAGAUAAGCAUCAGGGGGAAUUGCUGGAAUCUCCAAACUCUUUCUCUGGGGCUAAGCCUCGUACCUACGGCUCCUCGGGAGCUUCUUCCAGGCG